AUGUGGAGACGAAGGCGAGACCUGAACCCCUCCCCGCCGCCUGUUGCCUGCACCCGCCUGGACUGCGAGAGUCCGUCCGCCAGGUGCACGCGCCACUCGCCGCGGUCGCUGCAGCCGGCGGCCCUCGCUCGGGCUCGGCUCGGCUCGGCCGCCACUCGAAGCGGCUCGGCUGCUCGGCUGGGCUCGGCUGCGCGGCUCGUCGGGCGGGCGCGGCCCAAGGACACGCGGCGCCGGACCCGGGCGCACGGUGGACUGGGUAGCGCAAGCCGGGCCUGGCGGGUUCCUGGCGGUCCCUCUGCAGGCCUGGUGAAGCUGGGAAUCCAUUGUGUCACCUGCCAGAAGGUAGCCAUCAAAAUCGUCAACCGUGAGAAGCUCAGUGAGUCGGUACUGAUGAAGGUGGAGCGGGAGAUCGCCAUCCUGAAGCUCAUCGAGCACCCACACGUCCUGAAGCUGCACGACGUCUACGAAAACAAAAAAUAUUUAUACCUGGUGCUAGAACAUGUGUCUGGGGGGGAGCUGUUUGACUACCUGGUGAAGAAGGGGCGGCUGACCCCCAAGGAGGCCCGCAAGUUCUUCCGACAGAUCAUCUCUGCGCUGGACUUCUGCCACAGCCACUCCAUAUGUCACAGAGACCUGAAACCAGAAAACCUGCUUCUGGACGAGAAGAACAACAUCCGCAUUGCGGACUUCGGCAUGGCAUCCCUGCAGGUGGGCGACAGCCUGCUCGAGACAAGCUGCGGAUCCCCACACUAUGCCUGUCCAGAGGUGAUUCGGGGGGAGAAGUAUGACGGUCGCAAGGCAGACGUGUGGAGCUGUGGUGUGAUCCUGUUCGCCUUGCUGGUGGGGGCACUGCCCUUUGAUGAUGACAACUUGCGGCAGCUGCUCGAAAAGGUCAAGAGGGGCGUGUUCCACAUGCCGCACUUCAUCCCUCCCGACUGCCAGAGCCUACUUCGUGGCAUGAUUGAGGUGGAUGCGGCACGGCACUUCACGCUAGAGCACAUUCAGAAACACAUAUGGUAUAUAGGAGGCAAGAACGAGCCAGAGCCAGAGCAGCCCAUCCCACGUAAAGUGCAGAUCCGCUCUCUGCCCAGUCUGGAGGACAUCGACCCUGAUGUGCUGGACAGCAUGCACUCACUGGGCUGCUUCCGAGACCGAAACAAGCUGCUACAGGACCUGCUGUCUGAGGAGGAAAACCAGGAAAAGAUGAUUUAUUUCCUCCUCCUGGACCGGAAAGAAAGGUAUCCCAGCCACGAGGACGAGGACCUGCCCCCCAGGAAUGAGAUAGAUCCUCCCCGGAAGCGUGUGGACUCUCCAAUGCUGAACCGACACGGCAAGCGGAGACCCGAGCGCAAAUCCAUGGAAGUGCUCAGUGUAACGGAUGGCGGUUCCCCAGUGCCCGCACGGAGAGCCAUUGAGAUGGCCCAGCAUGGCCAGAGGUCUCGGUCUAUCAGCGGUGCCUCCUCAGGCCUUUCAACGAGUCCACUCAGCAGUCCCCGGGUGACCCCUCACCCCUCACCGAGGGGUAGCCCCCUUCCUACCCCCAAAGGGACGCCUGUCCACACACCAAAGGAGAGCCCGGCCGGCACACCUAACCCCACACCGCCAUCCAGCCCCAGCGUUGGAGGGGUGCCCUGGCGGACACGACUCAACUCCAUCAAGAACAGCUUCCUGGGCUCACCCCGCUUCCACCGCCGGAAACUGCAAGUUCCCACACCAGAGGAGAUGUCCAACCUGACGCCAGAGUCCUCUCCAGAGCUGGCCAAGAAAUCCUGGUUUGGAAACUUCAUCAACCUGGAGAAGGAGGAGCAGAUCUUUGUGGUGAUCAAGGACAAGCCCCUGAGCUCCAUCAAGGCUGACAUCGUUCACGCCUUCCUGUCGAUCCCCAGCCUCAGCCACAGCGUCAUCUCCCAGACAAGCUUCCGGGCUGAAUAUAAGGCAACGGGGGGCCCAGCUGUGUUCCAGAAGCCCGUCAAGUUCCAGGUGGACAUCACCUACACAGAGGGUGGCGAGGCCCACAAGGAGAAUGGCAUCUACUCAGUCACGUUCACCCUGCUGUCAGGCCCUAGCCGCCGUUUCAAGAGGGUGGUAGAGACCAUCCAGGCCCAGCUGCUGAGCACCCAUGACCAACCAUCAGCCCAGCACCUGUCAGACACCACUAACUGUAUGGAAGUGAUGACGGGGCGGCUUUCCAAAUGUGACGAGAAGAACGGGCAGGCGGCCCAGGCCCCCAGCACACCCGCCAAGCGGAGUGCCCACAGUCCCCCGGGUGACUCCGCGGCCGCUGGCCCUGGAGGGGACACCGAGUACCCGAUGGGCAAGGACAUGGCCAAGACGGGGCCGCCCGCCGCCCGCCGUGAGCAGCCUUAGACACUGGUCCCUCCCCAGCACAGCACAGCACUGACCGCGGCCAUCUGCCGCCACCCCGUGUGGACCAGGCCCCACCUGCCUGCCCAGACCUUGUCUCGAGCCUGGGAGGAAAGGAGAGUGGCCAGGCCCGGCCGCAGGCUUAGCCUCUGGGCUUGCUCUCUCUUCUCUCGUGGUCUCUGUCUCUGCCUGUCUCUGACGGCAUCGCUUGUUUCCGCUCUGAUACCAGGAAUUAUCCCGAAAAGUUAACAUGUCACCUCCACGAGGCCACCCUCUGUGCUGCGUGUGGACACUGGCUGACCGAAGGCAGCUGCUGUGGACUACCCUCUCUCCUGCUGCUGCCACUGCUGCCAGGCGGAGAGGCCAGCCCGCCGCCCACCGCUCCACCUGCCCCAGGCAGCUCCGCAUGGCCCACAGGAGGAGGGCCCGGCUCCCAGGGGAUGCCUCCACCAGCCCAGUUGCCCUGGACUCCCAGUGACCAGUCCUGCCCACCAUCGUCCAGGGCGGGGGAUGGUGAUGGGUGAAGCAGUGAGGAUGGACUGUCCACCGGCCUCCAUGUCAUACCUGGAGGCCUCCUGGGUCACCCACCUCGCCUCCUCCGACCUUGGCCUCGCCAGGGCCUCCUCUCACCUGUGUCUACUGCUCCACCUCGCUAGGCUGUUGGUUCUCUCGGGCCGAAGUGGAAACAGAGACCCCGGGUGCCCCAGAGCUGCCAGGCUG